AAGUUAGUAACAAGAAAAUAACUUCCUCCGUUGUGCAUUAGAUCAGGAUUAAUGGGCUCCCAAACUCCUCUAAAUAUUCCAGUCAUUGAUUUCACUAAGCCAGACCUAAAACCAGGCACCAUUGACUGGGAUUUGGUGAAAGGGCAAGUCCAGCAAGCCCUUCAAGAGUACGGUUGCUUUGAGGCUAGGUUCGACGAGAUCCCCCUCGACCUUCGAGAGGCAAUAUUUGGAGCCGUGGAAGAGCUUUUUGACCUCCCUUUACAAAUCAAAGCUCGCAAUAUUUCCAAGAAGCCUUUCCAUGGCUAUGUAGGCCAAUACCCUCAAGUACCAUUGUACGAGAGCAUGGGCAUUGAUGAUGCAGACAUUACUGAAAAAGUUGACGCCCAGAUUAGUACCUUAUGGCCUCAAGGAAACACAAGUUUCAGCAAAACUAUACAUUCUUUCUCAAAGCAAUUAUCGGAGUUAGAUCAAAUGAUUAGAAGAAUGAUAUUGGAGAGUUUCCAUCUUGAGAAAUAUUUGGAUGAGCACAUGGAUUCGACGAACUACCUUCUUAGGAUGAUGAAGUAUAAAGGACCAAAAACCACUGAAACAAAGCUUGGACUAAACAGUCACACGGACAAGAAUGUUGUGACCAUAUUGUUCCAAAAUGAGGUCGACGGCUUGCAGGUUCAAACCAAGGACAGAGAAUGGAUCGAAGUGAAACCCUCCAAAAACACUUUCAUUGUCAUGAUUGGGGAAUCUCUCUACGUAAGUCUCAUCUUAGCUUCCCUUUUCACGAAUUCUUGAGAAAA